UUAAACACGACAUUGUUUUUACAGUAACACUUGUUAUGUUAGUCAGUGUGUUGAUACAGAGUCGCUCACACACACCUGUCUGUUGGAGAAACCACAAACAAGAACCAAUCAUAGCAAGUGUGUGCAGAACUCCAGAUCAUGAUGUCCUCCCCUGGAAUGGGCACGCCCAGCGACCCCCUUUUAAUCAGCCCGGGGCGAGACGGCUUGAGGGCGACCCAAUGUGAAACAUGGAGGCCGACCCUUCCCAAAACCUGCAGCUUCCCAAUGUCUACCACACGCCAUCUCAGCCACAGAGCCAACAGCUUCCAGAGGCAUCAAAAACGGCAAAAGCUCAUCCGUCCGUCUCCGCCCCCUCCACCCAACACUCCUUGCCCUCUGGAGCAGCUGGACCUCAGCGAUCUGCCUCCACGUCGCACUUUUCCCAAGCUCCUCUUCAACGGCUGCAUCCUGUUCGGCAUCGAGUUCAGCUAUGCCAUGGAGACGGCCUACGUGACGCCCUUGCUGCUUCAGAUGGGUCUGCCUGAUCAGUUCUACAGCCUCGUCUGGUUCAUCAGCCCCAUAUUAGGAUUCCUGCUUCAGCCGAUCCUUGGAGCUUGGAGUGACCGGUGUACAUCACGCUUUGGCCGCCGGAGGCCUUUUAUCCUCGCCUUGGCCAUCGGGGCUCUGCUUGGUCUAACGCUGGUGCUAAAUGGGCGGGACAUGGGAUCUGCGCUGGCAGACACUCACAAGUGGGGCAUCGUGCUAACUGUGUGCGGCGUGGUUCUGAUGGACUUCAGCGCAGACUCAGCGGAUAAUCCCAGCCAUGCCUACAUGAUGGAUGUGUGCAGUCCAGAGGACCAGGACAGAGGUCUCAACAUCCACGCACUUCUGGCAGGUCUGGGUGGUGGAUUCGGCUACAUCGUGGGCGGGGUGAACUGGGACCACACUGAGUUUGGCAAGUCAAUGGGAGGUCAGCUUCGAGUCAUCUACCUGUUCACCAGCAUAACCCUUGUAAUCACUACAGCUUUGACACUUACAAGCAUCCCUGAGCGUCCUCUUCUCCCGUCACAGAAAAGGAACUCAAAACAUUUAAAGAGCCCCGUUUUACCUCUGCCACCUUCUCCACCUCCACCAGCUGGAUCCCUACAGGAGGAGGAGAAGGAGGAAGGUCUCUACAGCUAUCAGUUCUCUGGGUGUAGGUACCCGGAUGGUAUAGGACACUCGUGUAGUGCCAACGCGAGGCUCUGUGUAGGUCUCACCAGCCCCAUCUCCCCUCUCAGCCCUCUCACACCUAAAUACGGCAGCUUUAUCAGCCGAGACAACACGCUGAUGGACAUUAACGAGUUUGCGUCGUCCUUGGGAACGUCAUACAUAGACAGUGUGCUUAUUGACUGUUACACUGGACAGCAAAUGCCCCAACCGUUGAAGCCAGAGACCAUGACUCCAUGCCUUCCUAUGGGAGAAACUCCUCCUGCUCAGGUGUCUCAGCUGGUAGAGGAACCGUCUCCAGCUGCCAACUCUCAGGAAAGGGAAUUAUCUCAACCCAAUGGAGAUCUGCAGGAGGCGGAAAGAUUAGUGGCUAUUGAUGAAGUUCAAGCCAGUGAAUGUUUGGAGUUGAAUGAAGCAUCUGAGCUCAGCGAGGCACCUCAGGAAGGCAGCGGAUUAACACGGGGAAGCAGUACCUCAGGGAUCCUGAAGCGCCCUCAGAGCCUGACCUUAAUGGACGACCCUCUGAUCGGCCCCAGCAACGGCCUGGAGAACGGCCGUAGACGCACUGUUACCUUCAGCCAACAAGUUGCCAACAUCCUCCUAAAUGGUGUGCAGUAUGACAGUAAUCUCAGUGACAACACCGAGGCUCCAGACACUCAGAUGUCUCUCAAGCUGCUCUGCAUCUCCAUCUACAGGAUGCCCCCUUCCCUUCGCAGCCUGUGCACCAACCACUUCCUGGGCUGGCUGUCCUUCGAAGGCAUGCUGCUUUUCUACACGGAUUUCAUGGGCGAGUUUGUGUUUGGGGGCGACCCCAAGGCACCGAACAAGUCUGAGGCCUACCAGCGCUACAACGCCGGGGUCAGCAUGGGCUGCUGGGGCAUGUGCAUCUAUGCAUUCAGUGCUGCUUUCUACUCAGCCAUCCUGGAGAAGCUGGAGGAACGUUUCUCUCUGCGCUCUCUGUAUUUCUUUGCCUACCUGGCGUUCGGCUUGGGCACAGGUCUGGCCACGCUCUCCACCAACCUGUACGUGGUGUUGUCUCUUUGUGUCACCUACGGAGUCCUGUUCUCUUCGCUCUGCACGCUGCCUUAUUCGCUACUAUGUGAAUAUUAUCAGAGUCCACAGUUCUGCGGCUCCACAGAGGACGGCACCAGGAGGGGCAUGGGCGUGGACAUCUCUCUUCUCAGCUGCCAGUACUUCCUGGCCCAGAUCCUGGUCUCGGUGGCGAUGGGACCUCUGACCUCGUUGGUGGGUGGGGCUCAGGGUGUGAUGUACUUUUCGAGCCUCAUGUCUUUUGUGGGCUGCCUGUACUCCUCGCUGUGUGUGGUGUACCAGCUGCCACCUCCGGAGGGUGAGCGCUCACAGAGUGAGAGCCAACCACUACUGGUGCACAUAUAAAUUCACACACAUACACACACACACACAAACAGGCCUGUAAACCUACAUACACAUGAUUUUUUAGACAGCACUAAUCACUGGCAUCAUGUCUCGCAUCAUUCUAGAAACUUUCUUUUUUUGUAAACUUUUUUAUUACCCAAGGCAUGUUUGAUUCCCUUUCCAUAAACUAAGUGUGUUUACAUGCACAACACUAAUCUGAUCGAAUGAUCUGAUUCAGGUAGUUAGGUAAAUGGUACACAACUGUGCAUACAUGAUCUCAAUUUUUAACUGACAUCUGAACAUGUAACCAGUCAAAUUCUUCUUAAAACAUAAUAGACCCAAAGUUUAAAUAAAUAUGCUGCAGGAUGUUUGAAUUUAAUUAUUGACUUUGCUAAAGUUCACAAAUAAAUCACAUGAAAAAAUGGCAUGUUACAGAUGAUUCACAAAGAAUAACUUUGUAGUGAUGUCGUUCGAA